CGCGUAGAAGUGACGCGAAGGGGGCUGGAUGUCGCGGGAGGUUUGAAUCCGAGAGACUCGGAACCGCCGCUGCUGCCGCUGCCCGGGCUGCGGCGCCGGUACCGGCCCGGGCAGCGGGCGCUGCUGGAGAUCCGCAAGUUCCAGAAGAGCACGAACCUGCUGAUCAGCAAACUGCCCUUCUCCCGCGUGGUGCGGGAGAUCUGCCUGAUGUACACCCGGGGCGUGGACUUCCACUGGCAGGCCAUGGCGCUGCUGGCCCUGCAGGAGGCGGCGGAGGCGUUCCUGGUGCGGCUGCUGGAGGACUCGUAUCUCUGCUCCAUCCACGCCAAGCGCGUCACCCUCUUCCCCAAGGACAUUCAGCUGGCGCGGCGCAUCCGCGGCAUCCAGGAGGGCCUGGGCUGAGGGGCCUGGACCCCCCCUGCGGACCCCCCGGCCUGGGCUGAGGGGCCUGGACCCCCCCGCGGCCCCCCCGGGCCUGGGCUGAGGGGCCUGGACCCCCCCGCGGCCCCCCCGGGCCUGGGCUGAGGGUCCUG